ACGGUCCGGGUCCAAGGCAACGACAUCUCGCACCGCCUGCGGCUCUCCAACGUCCGGAAGCUGGACGAGGGGGUGUACGAGUGCCGGGUGUCGGAUUAUGGAGACGAUGAGACUCAGGAACACAAAGCCCAGGCCAUGCUGAGGGUCAUAGCCCGCUACUCCCCGCCCGACAUGCAGGCCGCCGAGGCCGUAUCCCACAUCCAGAGCAGCGGGCCCCGCAGGAAUAACCCCGGCAGCAGGGCCACCCCAGAACCCGGGAACAAGCGCCCCAACCCUCCAGGAGAGAGCCUGGCUCCAUCGCAAGCCACCGCCGCAUCUUCCUCAGCUUCCCCAGCUCCUGGAAAGGCAGCCAUCCUGCGGCAGCAACACGGAUCAGGUAAGACAUCUGCUGAUCUGCGCUGCCACCUAGUGUUCAGUG